AUGGCAAAUGCUGGGGAUCCAAAAUGGCAAAAAGAUGCUGCCGAUCAGAAUUUCGAUUACAUGUUCAAAUUGCUGAUAAUCGGUAAUUCAAGUGUGGGUAAAACGAGUUUUCUGUUCCGCUAUGCCGACGAUAGUUUCACAUCUGCCUUUGUGUCAACGGUUGGCAUCGAUUUCAAAGUGAAAACAGUUUUUCGUCAUGACAAACGUGUGAAACUACAAAUAUGGUUAAAUCUACCCCACCAAAGAUUUUCUGCGUAUCCUUUGCAACAUCAUCAGAAGCAGCAGCCAACAGCAACUGAAGCAGAAUUAGACGCUGCAGCAGUAGUAGAUUUAGUAUCAAAUACCAGCGCAGUAGAUGUACAACAACAGCUACUAACACAAUACAACUUCUAA